GCGUCUAGAACGGCACCAUCGCAAAUCUCGAUUUCCAACGGCGUCGAACGGCUUACGGCUAGUUCCCAAACGGUUCUACAAUCUCUUGUCAGCUAGUAGCUCGCGCAUCCUCAAAAUAUCACACGCAUCUUCCUCGAACUGGUGGAGCGCAGCUUACCUCCAAGAUGCCUUACAACAACACCCCAAUCGCUCCUCCAAAGGAUAUCAGCGGACAGGUAUCGCUUCCGCUCGCCCGCGUGCAAAAGAUCAUAAACGCCGACCCGGAGCGGCUCCACACGUCUAAAAACGCCGCCUUCGCCAUCGCCCUCGCAACCGAAAUGUUCAUCCAGCACCUCGCCACCACAACCCACAAUGUCGUCAAAGCAGAGCGCAAACCGCGCCGCAACCUGCAGUACCGCGACGUCUCGUCCGCCGUCGCGAAGACAGACAACCUCGAGUUCCUCGUAGACGUCGUGCCCAAGACGAUGACGUACAAGGAGUUCAAGAAGCGGCAGGAAGCUACCAAGCAAGAGAAGGCGAAGACGGCGGCGGAACAGGGAAGCAUACAAGCGGCAUUUGCUGGGCCUAGUGGGUCUGGUGUCAAGCCUGUGGUUAAUGGAGCUGAAGCCAGGGCAGAAGAGCAAACCCGCAAUGGGGCCCCCCGCGAGUCUCACGUUUCACAGGAGGACAAAACCCAGGAGGAUGUGGAGGCUAUGGACGUGGACGAUUCGAAAGAGGAAGCACGGCAUGACCAGAGGGAGAGGGAAGAGAGCGAGCCUGAAGAGGACGGCGCGGCGAUGCAGAUCGAGAUGGAGAUGCGGGGGCCGAGAACAAAUGGCAGUCCGGAGGUGAGGCGGCCGAGUGGUUUCACGGCGAUCAACGGUACUAGAUGAGGAGCUUUGCCUAGGCGGGCUUUGGAGCAUCCAUGCAUGGCUUUUGGCGUUCAAGGAAUAUCACGGGCAUGGAAGGGAUGGGAUACUGCUCUCUUAUGGUUUACUGUGGUCUGAACACGGGACCAUUCAUCAUGAUGAUUGGAAGAUGUCAUGGACCCGAGCUGAAGUUUCUUUCUGACAUUUCUGCGCGGAUCUCAGCCAUGGAUUGGGUAUACCGUACGAGCUCUCCUCUCCAGCGAGGAUGAGCCCACCAAAAUAAUCCACAAAAUCAAAG